AUGGGUGUGUACUUCAUGUCUGGUUAUGAUGUGUCGCAUGCAGCGGCAAAUAAUCAGUCCAUCAUGGGUGUGUACUUCAUGUCUGGUUAUGAUGUGUCGCAUGCAGCGGCAAAUAAUCAGUCCAUCAUGGGUGUGUACUUCAUGUCUGGUCAUGUGUCGCAUGCAGCGGCAAAUAAUCAGUCCAUCAUGGGUGUGUACUUCAUGUCUGGUUAUGAUGUGUCGCAUGCAGCGGCAAAUAAUCAGUCCAUCAUGGGUAUGUACUUCAUGUCUGUCUAUGAUGUGUCGCAUGCAGCGGCAAAUAAUCAGUCCAUCAUGGGUGUGUACUUCAUGUCUGGUCAUGUGUCGCAUGCAGCGGCAAAUAAUCAGUCCAUCAUGGGUAUGUACUUCAUGUCUGGUUAUGAUGUGUCGCAUGCAGCGGCAAAUAAUCAAUCCAUUCAUGG